UCAUUAUAUUUCUUUUUUAUGUGAAAAAGGCAUAUGUUAAAAUUUUAUUUGUCCCUAACUAUCAAAAAUUGCUUAAAUGUAUAUAUUACACUGGAUAAUUUGACCUACACGUUCUAUUCUCACGGUGCUAUCUUAUCUUCCUCAGUAUUAUACUAAAUUAAAGAAAUGAGCAGUCAAUUUGAACUGAAAAAGAAAAUUAUGGUAUAUAGAGUCGCGCGAUCAAUAUAGCAAUAGAGAUAAUAAGCGCUUCUUUUUUCUUCGCUAUCAUAUGUACUCAAGAAAUUGAAACGGAAUGAUCUCUCUCAUAACUCAGUAUUUCAAUCUCAAUAAAAUUCUUUUGCAAGCUAUUGGAUUGUGGCCUUUUCAACAAACGAUACUCGUUCAACUUCAGUUCACUCUCUUAUCGGGAAUUUUGACGGCCGCUAUUAUAUCUCAAACUAACAGUUAUUGCUUGCAGCUUACAACAUUUAUAACUUCAAAAUGUACUCCACAAUGUAUAAUCAAACAUUUAUCAAUUGCACUUGCCCUUAUUGUCGCACUGACAAAAUAUGUAUCAUUUUAUGUUCACAUAAAACCUAUGAAGGAGUUAUUGAUACAACUUCAGUAUAUAUCUAAUGAAUUAAAAGAAAAGAAGGAAAUAGCAAUCAUGGAAAAGUAUGGCUCGAAUGCAAGAUGUUAUACAGUUAUACUUACAUCGUUUGGCGUUCUCUCUUUGUCUGCACUCCUUCUCAAACAGUGUUGGUCGAGCAUUCUUGACAAUAUUGUAUAUAACAACAUAUCUCGACCAUAUCACUUGCAGAUCAAGAUGGAAUAUUUUGUCAAUCAAAAAAAAUACUUUUAUUUCAUCCUAUUUCACUUAAAUAUAGCCAUUUGUAUAGGAAUAAUUAUAACAGCAGCGACAGGAACAAUGUUCAUUGCAUAUUUUCAAUACACUUGCGGAAUGUUUAUGAUUGCCAGUUUUCGUAUCGAACGCGCGAUGGAAAAUAAUAAAUUACAAGAUAUUAACAAUAAACAUUUUAUACUCAUUGGGCUAAGUCGUGCUAUAGAAAUGCAUCGGCAAGCUAUGAAAUUGUGCGAUCUUUUAAUAUGCAGAUUUGACACAAUGUAUUUCUGUUUAAUAGUAUUUGGAGUGACUUGUCUCAGUCUGAAUCUUCUUCAAAUUUUUCAGACUAUAGCAUCAGGAGACAUCCAGGAAUUCGUAUUAUCUAUUAUUCUAGUAGUUAUUUGCACUUUGUAUAUGUUUGUAGCUAAUCUAGUUGGACAAGAGAUUAUUGACCAAAAUAAUGAGGUAUAUGUUACCGUAUACAACGUUCAAUGGUAUAAAGCUCCUUUACACAUACAAAAAAUAAUACUCUUCCUGUUACAAAGAGGUGUUAAAUCUUUUACACUGACUAUCGGUGGACUAUUCGACGCAUCUUUCGAGUGUCUCGCUACGUUGGUAAAAGCUUCGGUCUCUUACUUUACUGUCUUAUAUUCGACACGAUGAUAUGGGAACAGAAUAUUAAGAAACAUAGUAGUAAUAUUAUUAAAGUUUUAAUACAUGUAUAUUCUGUAAUAAUAAAAUUGGAAAAAUA